UUUCCUAUUUUGGACUAGCACGCGAAUGCUUCGGUUUCUCAUCACUAGUUUGAAGCCAAUUGUGCUACAGUUAACUCUCUCUCGCGCUAGGUUUAACUAGUUGACAAAUAGGCUAUUAUUUGUAAAGACUGAGGCAGUCGAAAUAAAAUCCUUCUCGUCACCCACGUAGCUUCAAAAUCUCUCCAACGAACAAAAUAGCACGUACACUUCCGCCACACUUUUACACUUUUUAAGUUCCGCAACCACACAUACGUCAGUAUUAUGCGCCACAGGCUUGCGCGAGAGCGCAAUAACUUCAGAGACAUAUUAGUAUUAGAGACAUGUUAGUAUUAUGAGCCAUAUUAGGUACACCUUAAUAUGGAUGAGUGAUAUAACACAGACGAUAACUUUGACAAUACACAAUCGAAUGGUUCUCGCUGAGUAAUUUGGUCCAACCGUGGUGAUGAUGGACUCCGCUGAGAGGUUAUUCUCAGUACCACAGGGGCUACCUUCUGCUUGGGACACUGUAACUGCAGCUCUGGUGUCUCCAGUGUCCAAUGACGACACAAUGUCUGAUGGGUCUCUCUGUGAGGGGCUUAGCCUGUUGUGCUCAAAUGGUCUGGGUCAGUUUCUGGAGGGAUGGCUCCUGGAGACUCUGCAGGUGCGUUUGACCACUGCAGUGGCCCCUGAGUUUUGGGCUGGACUGAAGCAGCCAGAGAAUGAACUUGGGGAGAAGGAUAGGACCAGGAUCCUACUCAUUGCCUUCCGUACCCUUUUGGACAGACUGGAACCUUUCCUAGGAGGGUUGGAGAGGCUGGGUACCUGGCAGGAUGAGGGCCGGGGUGGUCUGUGUGGCCCUGGGGCCAGGGGUCUCCGGGAGAGGGCCUUUUCCGUCAUCAGGGCCAUUCUACUGUUCUCCCCCUCGGCUGUGCUCCAGAUGAGAAUACUGGAGUUCUACAGCAGGACCUUCUCUGUGCACAUGAGCCAGAAGGGGGAGGCUGAGGAAGGGGUCAGGGGGCCUGAUGGGGGUGUCUGUCUGGGCUGCACUGUCCCCACUCAGCAGUGCUGGUGUCAGGAGGCCCUGGAGCAGCUGCAAGAGCUCAGCCACAUACUGUCCAGGUUGCAGCUAUUGGAGCGGGUUAGUUCAGAGGCAGUGACGUCCAUCUUACACAAACUGAUUGAGCAGCGGAUGGAGCAGCACUGCAGGGGGGAGUACGAGAGCUCUUUCCUCUUCAGCUUUCAGGAGUGGCUAGAGCUGGUGUUAGGCUGGUUGAGCAGGGUGUUUGCCAGUGAAGAGGGUGGACUGGGUACGGUGCCCAAUAGCACAGGCAGCAGGGCUGGGGAGGUGGGCCAGCCAGCCAACGCCGUGCUGCAGCGCUGGAGGUGUCACAUGCACCAGUUCUUCUGCAGGAUCUAUGUCAACAUGAGGAUCGAGGAGCUCUUCAGCAUCAUUAGAGAUUUCCCUGAGUCAAAGCCUGCCAUUGAGGACCUCAAAUUCUGUCUAGAGAGAACCAAUCAGAGGCAGCAGCUCCUCACCUCCCUUAAGACAGCCUUUGAGACCCGUCUGCUUCACCCAGGAGUCCAUACCUCUGACAUCAUCACUGUAUACAUCUCAGCCAUAAAGGCCCUACGGGAGCUGGACCCAUCUAUGGUCAUCCUGCAGGUUGCCUGCCAACCAAUCCGCAAGUACCUCAGGACGCGGGAGGACACGGUACGUCAGAUAGUGGCCAGUCUUACUGGGGAUGCGGAGGGCUGCAGUGACCUGGCCAAUGAGCUGUCCUGUGCCGACCCUGUGACCCUGGAGACCCAGGACAGUGAGGACGAGGGCAGCGACCCAGAGGAAUGGACCCCAGACCCUAAGGAUGCUGUCACAGACAAGACGGGCUCCAAGCGGCGUUCGUCUGACAUCAUCAGUCUGCUGGUCAGCAUAUACGGCAGUAAAGAGAUCUUCAUAGAUGAGUACAGAACUGUCCUGGCAGACAGACUUCUCCACCAGUUCAACUACAAUACCGCCAGGGAGAUACGUAACGUGGAGUUACUCAAGCUGCGAUUCGGAGAGUCCCACAUGCACUACUGUGAGGUGAUGCUGAAGGACGUGGCUGACUCACGGAGGAUCAACACCAACAUCCGUGAAGAGGAGUCCAGGCUAGGUGAGGAGGAGCAGCCCCCCAUGGCCCUGACUGCCAUGAUCCUGUCCUCUGAGUUCUGGCCCACGCUGAAGGAGGAGAAGAUGGAGCUCCCGCUCCUGGCCUCCCAGGCCAUGGAGGCCUACACACACCGCUAUGAGAAACUCAAGGCGAUGAGGACACUGAGCUGGAAGCCUCAUCUGGGCUCAGUGACACUAGAUGUGGAGCUGGAGGACAGGACUCUGACUAACCUGACUGUGUCCCCCAUCCACGCUGCCAUCAUCCUGCACUUCCAGGACAAAAGCUCGUGGACUCUGGAGGAGCUGAGUGGGGUCCUGGGGGUGCCGCAGGAGGUGGCGAGAAGGAAGCUGGCUCUGUGGCAGCAGCAGGGGGUCCUGAAGGAGGAGGCUGGGGGACACUACUCUAUCCUGGAGACCGGCUCGUCCCGGGAGAAACCUGAGAGAGGGGAGAUGCUGAUCGACAGCGACGAGGAGGGAGACUCCAAUACCACCACCCAUUCAGAACAGAGGGAAGAGAAACUACAGUUGUUCUGGGCCUACAUCCAGGCUAUGCUGACCAACCUGGAGACCAUGACCCUGGAGCGCAUCCACUCCAUGCUCCGGAUGUUCGUUGCCACGGGACCCGUUGUCACAGAGAUGGACGUGAAUGAGCUGCAGGCCUUCCUGCAGAGGAAAGUGCGAGACCAUCAGCUCAUCGUGUCCGCAGGUGUCUACAGACUGCCAAAGUCCACCAACUGAUGGGGAGAGGAGAUGAGGAGGAGGAAAGAGGUAGAACUGAAAAACGGAGGUAUCUGAUUUGUUUUCUAAAUGUAUAUGAUGCAGCAUUGCAGUCAGAGGCUACAGUUUCCAAGAUUAACCUGUUCAGGAAAAGGUUUGGAAGGCAACUGAAAGUGCCAAGCAUUGUGCUGAUUACGAUGUCUUACAAUACAAAUGGCUAUAAUGAGCAUGAACCAAUUAUUCUCUCUUUAUUGUUGAUCAUCCAGGUUGCUUGACUUUGUUUCGGACUGCUUGUCAUGACUUUUGGGGACAUAUUGAAUUGACAUGUGUUUGGACUUUGUCAUUUGGGGUUCCCUUAUGAAAACAUUACAAUUGCCUGAGCUAAUAAAACAUUGAUUAUUACUCAACUCACUUGAGUGGGUUGAGUCACUGAUGUGAUCUUCCUGUCUGGGUUGGCGCCCCCCCUUGGGUUGUGCUGUGGCGGAGAUCUUUGUGGGCUAUACUCGGCCUUGUCUCAGGAUGGUAGGUUG